GGCGUGUCACGUGAUCGGAUGUGGAUGAAAACUGGAGCAGGAAAUCAGAGCCAGUGAAAGGGGAGGUGAAGUGAGGAAACAGGGAGGCUGAGAAACGUUGUCAUUUCAUACGAAAUUGUACACUAUUUGGUAGAGGACUGACAGAAUGAGCGUGAAAGCUUUUGAACUUGUUCCUGCUGUGGAACGAGCGCUCCUGAUGGGAGACAAAGCCCGGAUAAACAUAGAGUGCAUCGAAUGCUGUGGCAAGAACCUGUACGUCGGCACCAAUGACUGUUUCAUCUACCACUUCCUGCUAGAAGAGAAGACCACGUCAAAAGAGAAGCUGACAUUUUCAGUCCAAAAGCAGCAGCACAAAUACCUGGGCCUGAAGAAGCCUGUCAGUGAGCUGAAGGCAGCUUCAGCCCUGGACAGGUUAAUUGUGCUGUGUGACAAUACCAUAAUGUUGGUCAACAUGUUGAACUUGGAACCCGUUCAGUCCGGAGCUAAAAUCAAAGGUGUUGUCACUUUUACUGUGAAUGAAAACCCUGUGAAUGGAGACCCCUUCUCUGUAGAACUUGGCGUCAUUUCUGUCAAGAGAAGGACUAUACAGAUCUAUAUGGUGUACGAGGAUAGAGUACAGAUAGUAAAGGAGCUGGCCACUCCAGAGCAGCCCUCAGCAGUCUGUCUGGAUGGCUAUUUCCUCUGUUUAGCACUUACAACACAAUAUAUUAUUGUAAAUUACAGCACUGGAGCUUCCCAGGAUCUUUUUCCUUUUGACACCGAGGAGAAGAAACCCAUAGUAAAGAGGAUCGGCCGAGAGGAGUUUCUCUUAGCUGGACCUGGUGGUUUAGGAAUGUUUGCCACUGCAGCAGGAAUUUCCCAGCGUGCACCUGUUCACUGGUCUGAGAAUGUGAUUGGGGCAGCAAUCUGUUUUCCCUAUGUUGUGGCAUUGGAUGAGGGCUUUGUUACAGUGCACAGCAUGUUGGACCAGCAGUUGAAACAGACUCUUCCUUUCAGGGAUGGACACAUAAUGCAGGAUUUUGAAGGGAAAGUUAUUUUAGCCACUAUGAAAGAGGUGUAUGUGCUGGUUCCAUUGCCUCUGGAAAGACAGAUCCUGGACCUCCUUGCCAGUCAAAGAGUGGAAGAAGCUAUUGUUUUGGUAGAGGGAGCUCAGAGGAACAUCCCAAAAGAGAAAUUUCUGGUGAUGUACAGAAGAAUUCUGCAGCAAGCGGGAUUUAUACAAUUUGGACAGCUUCAGUUUUUAGAAGCUAAAGACAGUUUCAGUAAAGGUCAGCUUGAUGCCCGGGAGCUCAUUUCUUUAUAUCCUUUGCUACUGCCUUCAACUUCGACGUUUACACGCUCACAUCCCCCGUUGCACGAGUUUGCAGAUCUGAACCAUCUCACCCAGGGGGACCAGGAGAAGAUCACCAAGUGCAAGAGGUUUCUGAUCAACUACUUGAAAGAGAUCCGCAGCACGGAGGUUGCUAAUGGUUACAAGGAGGAUGUGGACACAGCACUGCUGAAGCUGUACGCAGAAGCAGACCAUGAAAGCUUGUUGGAUUUGUUAGUUUCAGAGAACUUCUGCCUUCUUGUGGACAGUGCACCGUGGCUUGAGAAACACAAAAAAUAUUUUGCACUAGGACUUCUCUAUCACUGUAAUAGUCAGGAUGAUGCUGCUGUGCAGUUGUGGGUGAGAAUAGUAAAGGGUGAACUUCAAGAUACUACCCGGCCAGACCUGUAUGAGUAUGUGGUGGAUUUUCUUAGCUUCUGCUCAAGUCAGGAACUGGUCUGGAAAUAUGCAGACUGGGCCUUGCAGAAAAAUCAAAAGGUUGGUGUUCAGAUUUUCACAAGAAGGCCUGUGGAUGAAGAAAAGGCAGGCAAAUUGAAUCCAGAUGAUGUCAUCAAGUACCUGCACAAAUACUCCCAAGCUGUCACUCAGUACCUUGAGCACCUUGUGCUCGACAGAAAGAUUCAGAAAGAGAAGUUCCACACUCACCUAGCAGUACUCUACCUUGAUGAAGUCUUGAAGCUACAUUCUCAAAGUGACCAACACUCUGAAGAGCUGAGCACAGCCAGAGCCAAACUGAGAAGCCUCCUUCAACAAUCCUGCCUAUAUAGUGUGCAACUGGUGCUAGGUAAAAUUAAAGACACAAAUCUUAACCUGGAGUGCGCCAUAUUGUACGGGAAGCUGGAAGAGCAUGACAAAGCCCUGCACAUCCUUGUUCACCAGCUGAAGGAUUUCCAGGCAGCAGAGGACUAUUGCUCAUGGAACUCAGAAGGCAGAGACUUGUCUUACAGGCAAAAGCUAUUUCAUAUGCUGCUGGCAGUAUAUAUGGACCCUGCUGUCGCUAACGAUACAUUAGUAAUGGCUGCGGUAGACCUUUUAAAUACCAAUGCUGAAGUGUUUGACGCAGUCCGGGUUUUAAGACUUGUUCCGGGUAACUGGUCGAUACAGCUACUCUGUCCAUUUCUGAGAGGAGCAAUGAGGGAAAACAUGCAUUCUAAACGGAUGUCUCAAGUGGCCUUGGGAUUAGCAAAAUCAGAAAAUGCGAUUUACAAGCAUGAGAAGUUAAAAUAUAAAGGUCUAAUUAAUCUGUCUGAGAAAAAGGGCUGCCAGCUGUGUCACAACACUUUCAGCGAGCCUGAAUGUGUUUGUUAUCCGAACGGCAUUCUUGUGCACAUUCACUGCGCAGCGAAGAGGAACAGAGACUCUGCAAGUAAGCAGCACUUUACAAACCCCCAAAACCACACCUGAAAGACCCUAAUAAUGUCUCUGAACAUUCCCGCCCCCUUGAGAAAUGGAAACGGGAAGGGAAGAAAUACUGCUGCUGUCAGCAAGGAAAAGGCACUAGAAAGCAGAGUCUGGGGUAGCAGAUAGAAAAACUGUUUUAAGAUGUGAACUUUGAGCACUGGAAACUCACAACCUUUAUGUACAAUAUGGACAAGUACUGUAUAAACCAGAAGUUAUUCAUUUUGUGUUCGUGUCCAUAUAAACAGUGAAACUGAAUGACUGAACAAAGGGGGUUCGGUUUUCCCCUCACAGUUUCCUUAAAAUUACACUUUAAAUAUUUAUUUUUCUGUUGAAAGAAAAAGCAGGGUUAAUUUCACUCCACCAUGUAUCCCCUCCACCUAAAUUGCCACCUUAAAGUAAGACAAGAGAACGUUAUGAUACUGAUUUCACACUAGGCUUUAAUUUGGUAUUGAAGGUGUUCUUGGACCACUGUUUGUUUUCAAGGGAAAAGUUCACCUUGCUUCCAAAAUGAUCUCCAACGCGCACAGGAAGUUUCACUACCGCUUAGUUACUUUGAAAGUAAAAGUGUGCAAUCCCACAGUUGUGUUUGAAGGUAAGUACACCUCAGUAAAUGUACUACUAAGCAGUGGGCUGAUUUAACUUCCUGAAACAGCUUUAGCUCUAAUGAAAUAGUUGAAAUAAUUAAACUAAAAAAAAAAACAACAUCUCUAAGGGUGCCUGUGAGUCUCAUGAGUAUUUAGAAUCGCUCUUGUCUUUUAAAUGUAAGUAAAGUGCCAGGAUUGGUCCUACUUUUAUAAUUUGAUUGAUGGUAGUAUUAUGAUCCACCAGCAUUUAGAUACAUCGAAUUGAUCCCAGUGUCUGCAUUGCACAUGUUUGUUCGUUGUUUCCUGUAUAAACAUCCUUUCCACACUGUGUGGUUCUGGUUUAUUCAUGCACAGAUCAAAUCAAUUGAUGGCACAUUCAAAUUCAAUUGUCUGUUUUUAUGUGUGUUUUUUUUUUUGUACUGCACAGCAAAAUUUCAUUUAGCUUCCUAAUGUGAAGGCAACAGUGAGGGAUUGGGUUUUUACUAGUCCAGGAGUGAAGACCAGAUUAUAGUUUGCUGAGUAAAAGGAUAUAUAUGUCUAGUAGUGCUGGGACGAACAUGGUGUGUUCAUGUUUUGAUAUCUGUUCAAUUCAAGUUCCCAGAAGUAAGAAAAACCUUACUUUACCUUCAUGAUGAAUUAAAUCCCAAAGGAUGCCAGACAGUAGUUACAGUGUGUAUUUCAGGUAAAAACAAUGUAAUCCCUGCCAUUGUCAUGUCUUUGCAAUAAACAAUGUGACCAUA